AUGGGUAACCCGUUAUCACCAACCAUUGCUGAUAUGGUCAUGGAAACCUUAUUAAAUAAUGUAAUGACCAAGAUCAGCUUUCCCGUGCCCGUCAUCAGAAAGUACGUUGAUGAUCUAAUACUGGCGCUACCAACGGAAAAGGUCUUGGAAGUAUUGGAUAUUUUCAACAAAUACAAUCCCAAUAUCCAAUUCACACAUGAAACGGAGGAAAACUGCAGACUUCCAUAUUUGGAUAUGAUAGUCGUGCGCCUUUCUGAUCAAUCCAUCAAAACUGAAUGGUAUCAGAAGCCGAUAGCUUCGGGUCGUUUCCUAGAUUUUCUAUCUGGACACCCGCUCCACAUGAAGAUGAAUAUGGUGAACAAUUUCGUUCAACGAGUGCGAAAAUUGACUACAAACCUGCCUCGUUCAACAGUAAACACCAUAAUUGAUCAACACCUGCAAAGAAAUCAUUACCCUGCAUCCCUUCGGCAUCGUCUCAUCAAUCAUAUGAUUGAUUCAGGGAAACAGCAUACUACCACUGCGAACAAAGAUGACGUGAUCUAUAAACCAAUGGUAUUCGUAAACAACCUCACAAAUCGUUUAGCCAAGAUGUUCAGAACGGAUUUUCCGAACAUUGUGAUCGCAACGAGGAAUGAGUAUACGAUCAAAAGUUUGUUUACGCAGACUAAAGAUCACAUACCAACAGAACUUCGUAACAACGUGAUUUACAAGAUACCCUGUGGAGAUUGCGAUGCCAGCUACGUUGGACUCACCACCACCAACCUGAAGAAGAGAGUAGGACAUCACAAGAGCGACAUAAACAAAUUGGACAAACUGAUGAAUGACAUGGAAAACAACAAUAACGAUGAGAAUUACAACAGCUAUGAACUUGGCCGCCUAAAAGAGAGAACAGCUCUUCUUCUGCAUUCGGCCAACAACAACCAUCGCUUCGAUUUGGAAAGUACCGAAAUUCUCGAUAACCAUCGAAGAUCAUCGGCUCUCCCCGUUUUGGAAGUUUGCCACAUCAUCAACACAGACAAGACGGUAAACAAACGAAGCGACUGUGACAGUUUGAGUACAACAUAUGCAGGCAUUUUACACACACUAAAGAUGAGAACCAAAACAAACCAUGUAGAUAAACAGAUAAACAAUAACCAUGAUAAUGACAACGACACACAAAUUUUUGACUAA